AUGGUCACCACCAAAGUCACGGUGGGAAGGACUCGGGUAACGCCCUUGAUCGUAGUAACGAUCCUAGUGGGUGUCCUAGGGUGCUCGGUGAAAGUCCGGAGCACGCUGGUAGUCGCAGUAGUAAUCAUCACGAUCUUGUGGUUGAUGCUCUGCUUGUCGAUCGAGCUCCUCUCGUUUGGAAGGGUCAGCUCUGUAAUCCGAAAGGUCUCUCCUGUCAUGUCCCUAGUCGCAUCCGUGGGGUUGAUAGUCCUCAUAGUAGGGUCGGGGUGGUGGUGGUGGUGGUGGGUGUGGGAGAUCGUCCCUACAAGUAGGGUAGACUAGCUCGCGGUGAUCAUAAGUAUUGAUAAGUCUUCAUUAUCAUGAGUUAAUAAUUAUUAAAUAAUAUAGUUUUAGCCUUAACUCAUGAUAAAUAGACUUAUAUUUAUGUUGAAGUGUGAAAAGUGAUUUUCAAUUGAUUAACGUGAAUUUUUGGGUAAUUAUGUGAUUUUAUAUGAUUUUUACAAUCUUAUUUUUGAGAUAAAUGAAGAAUAAGAAAUAAAAAUAAAAAUAUUGCAAAAUAGGGGGACCCGCUAGCCAGCCAGACCCGCAAGCAGGUCAGAAGUGCAGUUGGGGAGUAGUCGCAAGUAGGGGCUCAAGCGGCUUGGCUUGGACCAAUAGGGGCACACGUGUGCGUCACUCCCCUUCCACGUCACCAGUGGCCAGCUGGCUUUGGGGCAAGGAGUGGUCAUACAUGCGAGAGAAGGGACUUUGUUGAGAAAGCUAACAUUACUAUAUAUUUGCACGAAAAAUUGGCACACAACCGAUGUGGGACUAAACCCACGUCACACUUUCCUCAAAAGAGGCGGGCGACUGGCGUGGGUUUGAAUCCUCAUAGAGUCAAAAUUCAUAUAUUUUUAUCUAAUUAUCAUGACUUUCUUGCAUAUCGCUGAUGAAGGAUUAAGCAAUGAGAAUCGUUGGAUCCUCAGUGAAAAUCUUGUCAAUGCGAUUCGCGGAGCAUUGCUACUAAAAUUGCUAAACGAUUCACGAUAAAAGGAUCGUGAAUCUAUCGAGUAAAUCAUUUCCGAUUGAUUGAGGAACAAGUCGUCGUCGGGAAGAGGAUGAUCUGCCGAGCGAUGAGUCGCCACCUCCUGAGAGUGUACUGACGUGACUCAGUCGUUGUAUAUUAAAUCACGCAAAUUUAAAAUUUAUAAAACUAGAAAAUACGAAUUUUCGGAUAUUUAGAAGUAUUUCAAAAUAAAUAUAUCAAUUAUAAUUCAAUAAAAAUCCCAAAAAUAGUGGUAAUUUUCUAGGUCGAUCACAGGGAUGUAAUAUAAUAUCUGGUAAUUAUUCAGAAUUUUUCUCAAUGAGUACGAUUUUCUUACGAAUUUUAUACUAGGAAAUAAAAAGGAAAUAUAUUUAAAAUUCACGAAAAAAAAGGAAAUAAGGGUGCGGACGUCAGUAUGACGUCAGCGCCCGGCGAACGCGAAUCAGGCGGAAACACAGUUCCGCCCGGCGAUUCUUACGUAGGCGAUUACAGACGACUCAAUUAAUCAAAUUAAGAUCUGUAAAAGCCAGAAGAAUCGUAGUUGAACGAAGUAUAGUUUGGUAAAUAAAAAUCAACAAAGUAUCACUAAAUGAAGCGUAAAUUAAAUUGAAAGCAGGAAAAUAGAGUUCCGGCGUCGCAACGGCGAUGCGUCGGCGAUGCACCGGAAUCCUGAGCGUUCGGGAGGAUUGUUGUGCAGUGUCCACGGCCUCGAAGGCUCUCCUUGGACAAAGACGACGUGGGCAAUCUCUAGAUAAAGCAGGAAAACAGAGUUCCGGCGUCGCGACGGCGACGCAUCGGCGAUGCACCGGAAUCCUGAGCGUUCGGGAGGGUCGUCGUGCAGUGUCCACGGCCUCGAAGGCUCUCCUUGGACAAAGACGACGUGGGCAAUCUUUAGAUCUUCUCGCGAAGUCUAGAGACCAAUGAAGUGGGUUGUCAAAUCGUCUCCGGCGGCUGUCACCCGGCGGAGCGGAAAAACGGCGACUUUGCGGCUCUCCGGCGGCUGUCACCCGACAGAGAGGGGCUGGAUGGAGGUGAGGCGUGUGUUAGGGAGCUUCAUCCUCAGGUCCGCGCAGCAAGAGGAGGCUCUUCAUCGCAUCUGGUACGCUCUCAGGAGGUGGCGACUGGUCUCCCGGCGGAUCGUCCUCUUCCCGACGACGGCUUGUUCGUCGAUCAAUCGGAGAUGAUUUACUCGAUGGAUUGCGAUCCUUUUAUCGCGAAUCGUUCAGAAAUUUUAGUAGCAAUGCUCCGUGAAUCACGUUGACGAGAUUUUCGCCGAUGAUCCAGCAAUUCCAGUUGCUUAAUCCUUCACUGACGAUCUGCAGGAAAGUCGCGAUAAUCAGUUAAAAAUAUAUGAAUUUUGACUCUGGGAGGAUUUGAACUCGCGGCGGUCGCCCGCCCCUUACAAGGUGGAUUUAGUCCCACAUCGGUUGUGCGCGGAUUAUUCGGGCGAAUAUAUAGUAAAGUUAGCUCUCUAGGCAAAGUCUUCUCGUGUGUACGACCACUCCUUGCCCCACAGCCGGCUGACCACCGGUGAUGUGGAAGGGGAGUGGCGCACACGUGCCCCUAUCGAUCCAAGCAAGCCGCUCGAGCCCCUGCUCGCGGCUACUCCCCAACUGCGCUUCCAUCCCGCUUGCGGGCCCGGCUGGCCGGCGGAUCCCCCCAUUUUGCAAUAUUUUUAUUUUUAUUUCUUGUUCUUCAUUUAUCUCAAAACUGACUGUAAAAAUUGUAUAAAAUCACAUAAUUACCCAAAAAUUCACGUUAAUCAACUGAAAACCACUUUUCAUGCUUUAACACAAAUAUAAGUCUAUUUAUCAUGAGUUAAGGCUAAAACUAUAUUAUUUACUAAUUAUUAACUCAUGAUAAUGAAGACUUAUCACACCCCCCAACUUAAAUCAUUGCUAGUCCCUUAGCAAUGGAAUUACGAAAAUAAAAAUUUACAAAUCUCAAACAUCAUAUUUCAAUAAAGAAAAGAAAUACAAUUAGAAAUGAUGCACCUUUAAACACUUUAGAUUCUUAUAUCAAGUAUUUAAGAAUGAUGUCAAGCACUUAAAUGUUUAAACACUCCUUGAAAUAACAAUCUAGACUUCACUUCUUCUAUUCACAUCUUUAUCACUUCUUCACUCAUAGAUGUAUUUACAAGAUGUUCCAAUUAUCAAUACUCAUCCAAGAAUAAUAUAGAUCUUACAUUUCCCUUUUUCUAUGACUUGAUUUUUGAAGUUUGUACUAUAUUUCUUCCUUCUUUUUUUUUUUUUAUAUAUAUAGUGGAUAAGUAGCUUUUCCUGUAGACAAAUUUCGACAAUAAGAAUGAUGUCUCACACCCUCCAUGUGUACUCUUCAUUUUCAGGGCUUUCACUUUAUCCACUUAUUUUUCAGCAAGUGUUUUUCUAUGCACGAUUUUCGACAAUGAGAAUGAUGUCUCACACCCUCCAUGUGUACUCUUCGUUUCUAGAUUUUUCACAUUGCUCUCUCUUUUUUUUUUUCUUUUUUUUUUUUUGAAAUAAGUGAUUUCUCCUCACAAGUCCUAUAGAUUAGGGUGCAAAAAUCUCCAUUAAACUCAAAUGAUCAAUCAAAUUUUCACAUCAAGUAAAUAUUAUCCAUCAAGAUCAUGAAGUGAAAAUCUGUAAAAUCAAAUCCAUGUUAUCUAUCAUGUGUCCAAGGAGUAUUCCAACAUUUCAUGCUACUAGAUCAUUCUUUUGACUCAAUAAUAAUCUUCCUAGUAUCUUUUGAUAUCAAUCAAUCUAAUUGAUUUAAUUUUUCAUGCAUGCAAUAUGAUGUAAGGAAUUUGUAAAUUAGAUAGUUCUGACAGUUCUGUUUUCUGUUUUCAGUUCUAUUUUAGCAGCAAUAAAUUUGUCAAAAAUAAAUCAAAACUAUCUUCUUUAUAGCUGUAAUUUCGAAUUUCAAUAAUAUAUGUCUAGGGGAUUGAAAUGUGAGAAAAGGGUCUUCUAGAAUUUCAAAUUUCGGGCUGUUUUUUGUCUGCUGUUUUUGACAGUCUGUUGUUUCUGACAGAAAACCAGAAAAUAGAUGUUGCAAUUUUUCCGAAUUUUAUUUUAUUUUUAUUUUUUUAGUUGCUGUUCUAAGUUGAAUAAAAUGCAAACACAUGUUCUUAAUCGUCCUACAGCAUAAAUUAAUAAUGAAUACUUCACCCCCCAACUUAAAAAUGACAUUGUCCUCAAUGACACAGAAAACUCGAAACAGAAUAUGCAGAAAAUAUAAUUUUCAAGUGAAGCAUGCAUAUCUGCAAAGUUAAGCAUUAAAAAUAUUUUCAUAAAUGAUGAAGCUCAGAAAGACAUCACCUCAACCUCGUUUUUAAUUUUCCACUUCAUCUUACACACCUCCUCCUGCACUUCUUCGAAAAAACAAAUACAGAAACAAGUACUGCGAAAUUCUAAGAAAAACAGAGCUUAAAAAAAAUCAAACAGAAUGAAAUAAAAACCAUGGGUUGCCUCCCAUGCAGCGCUGAAUUUAAUGUCUCCAGCUGGACAGCUCUUAUAUCAUAUAAGCUGAUCUAUGGCCAUCAAAAUGUAUUUGUAUCCCAAGGUACGUUUUAUGAUAUUCUUUUUCAGAUUUAGCAUAAAUUCAUAUACUUCAUAUAUAUACCUUGACAUACUUUCAGCCAAAACAAAAUGGAAAUUAAAAAAAUUUUCCCAAAAAUAAUAUUUCCAUUUUGAAAAGAAUCUUUCCUUGUUUCUAUCUUGUUUUGUUAGGCUCUCAUUCAUUAAUAAAUACUUUCUAUUAAUAAACCAUAAAAUGUGAUCAGGCCAUAUAAUUUUCAAAUUAGCUUUUGCCCAAUCUAAAAUUUUUUCAUCUAAAUUGGUAUUUCUAAUUCUUCCACUCACCCAUUUCUUAAUUUCUUCUUUUAUCUGCAUAAUCUUCCCCUGCUCCAUUUUAUCUUCCAUACAUAUUUGUUCAAUUUGUGAGGAGUGAAAUAUUUCAUGCUUAGAAAUAAUUCUAAUGGGCUGUGGGUUUUGAACGAUGGAAGGAUUGUCUUCUUUAAUCUCAGAUCUAAUGAAUUCAGUAAAAUUCAAAUUUUCUCCUCCAAAAUUAUCUCUAUAUUCAUAUCUAUUAUUUUCGCUUGUUCCCAUUAGUUGAAUCAAUUCUUUUUCUAACUUUUCGUUUCUCAACUCAUCAAAUUCUUCAUCUUCCCAAGAGCUAUCUUGUAAUUUUGGUAUAUGAUAUACAUCAUCAUCCUCACAAUCAACAUCCAUGGCUGCAAAAUUAUGAUUAGAUUCAUUAAUUUCGUCUCCUACAUCUCCCAAAUCAAUUGAUUUUUCCUCACCUGAAAUAUAUUUUUCUUCAUUUCUGUCCUUACUCCCUUCUACUAAAAUUUGGACGAUUUUUCUAUGAUCAGUUGUUGUUUCUUCAUCUAAGGGUUCUUUCUCCUCAUCAUCCUCACUAUAUUCAUUCAUCAAUUGUGAGCAAUAAAUGAUUUUAUUCAAAUUUUCUGCUACUAUAUUUUUGCCCUUAAUAUUCUCAUUUACUUCUAAUGGAUCAUCAAUUUCUUCUAAUAAUUGGAAAUAAGGAUCAGGUAAAAUAUUCUCACUCAAUGUAUUCACUGUCCUAAAAUUUUCAUUUCAUGGGUUUUUUUCUAAAUUUAUCCAGCUAGACUCUUCUUGCUGAAAUCUUACUGUUGGACAGUUUUCUGAAUUUUCUAUGGGCUGACAAGGUAGCUGUCCCUCUUCUCUCUUAUUCUCAAGAGCCUCUAUAAUUUGUUUCUGAUGAAACAUCAUUUGAUUCAUAGUUUGUUGCAUCAUUUGGCUCAUUUGUUGCAUCAUUUCCAUAGCAUCAGGUUGGGUUUGAGAGGGCUGAUUUUUCUGAAAUCUAUUUUCUUGUUUUGGACGAAAUUCAGAGUUUGAAUUAGGUCUAAGUGCUUCUAGAUUUUGAAUAUUAUUUGGGUUUCUCCACGAAAAAUUAUUCCCCCAAUUAGGAUUAUAAGAAUUAGAAAAAUAUUCCCAAUUUUUACUAAAAUCGUGAGGUACUUGCACUUGUUCUUGCCUAGGAUGAUAUUGAAAUUCGAAAUGAUCAUUUUCACCAUACGUAGGACAUGUAAUAUUUGAAUUAAAUUGAGGGUUAAAAGGCUUUCUAAUAUUGUCAAUAAGUAAAUCAAGUUUUUCUAAUCUUUGAUUAAUCUGAUUAACCUCAUUUCUAAGUUUAGAAUUAUCAUCAUGAUGCAAUUCAUAAAUUUCUCUCUUCAUUUCCUUGUCAUAUAAUUCAAAAGAGGCUUGAUCUCUAGAAUUUUCACUUAAAUUCUCAUAAAGACUGUAAAUCUCAUCAAGAGUUUUCUCCAUAAAAGCUCCUCCACAUAUAGAAUCAACCAUAUUUCUAUGUUGUUCUAGUAAUCCAUCAUAAAAAAUUCUAUUGAGCUGCCACUUGGGUAUAGCAUGAUGAGGACACUUUCUAAGUAAAUCUUUGAAUUUUUCCCAUGUCUCAUGCAAAGUUUCUCCUGGUCUUUGAGAAAAACUCUAUAUAUGUUUUCUCAUAUUUUGAGUUUUUCCUAAGGGAUAAAAUUUUCGAAGAAAGGCCUAUUCUAUAUCUUUUCAGCUAGUUAAUUCUCUAUCCAAUGUGGAUAGCCAAUGACUAGCUUUGUCCCUAAGUGUAUGAGGGAAUAAUUUCAUCUUAAUAAUUUCUGGUGUAACUUGAGGGAGAUUAACUAAAUCACAGACAUAUGAAAUUUUUCUAAGUGCUGAUGAGGUUCCUCUAAAGGCAAUCCAUGAAAAUUAGGGAGCAUUUGAAAAAUUCCUGGAUUUAUUUCGAAUUUAACAGUGGGUGCUAAUGGGACUCUAAUAUUAGAUGCUCUUUGAAAUGAAUCAAGGAUAUAAUGAUUUUUCAUGGCCAUAGGAUUGUUCUCAGUUUGACCUGUACUUCCUUCAGGAUCCAUCAAAAUUAAUUUUUCUUUCGGAUUUUUAUUUUUGAAUGAAAUAAUGAAAGAAUUUUCUAGCCUUGGAUGCAAGGAUCUUCUACUAUGCAUAAAAAUCAAUAAAUUCGACGGAAAAAGUUAGUAACUAUUACCCUCCUUCAGGAUGCUCCAGUCCUUGCCGUGCUUCUUUUCGUUCCCUUUUUCUAAUAAAAUCGGCAAAAAGAAAAUAAAACAAGAGUAAAGUUUUUUUUUUGUGUACUAUAAGAGAAAAACAGAAAAAUACUAAAUAUUAUUCAAUACAUCCCCGGCAACGGCGCCAAAAUUUGACGUGACUCAGUCGUUGUAUAUUAAAUCACGCAAAUUUAAAAUUUAUAAAACUAGAAAAUACGAAUUUUCGGAUAUUUAGAAGUAUUUCAAAAUAAAUAUAUCAAUUAUAAUUCAAUAAAACUUUCAAAAAUAGUGGUAAUUUUCCAGGUCGAUCACAGGGAUGUAAUAUAAUAUCCGGUAAUUAUUCAGAAUUUUUCUCAAUGAGUACGAUUUUCUUACAAAUUUUAUACUAGGAAAUAAAAAGGAAAUAUAUUUAAAAUUCACAAAAAAAAAGGAAAUAAGGGUGCGGACGUCAGGAUGACGUCAGCGCCCGGCGAAUGCGAAUCAGGCGGAAACAGAGUUCCGCCCGACGAUUCUUACGUAGGCGAUUAUAGACGACUCAAUUAAUCAAAUUAAGAUCUGUAAAAGCCGGAAGAAUCGUAAUUGAACGAAGUAUAGUUUAGUAAAUAAAAAUCAACAAAGUAUCACUAAAUGAAGCGUAAAUUAAAUUGAAAGCAGGAAAACAGAGUUCCGGCGUCGCGACGGUGAUGCGUCGACAAUGCACCGGAAUCCUGAGCGUUCGGGAGGAUCGUCGUGCAGUGUCCACGGCCUCGAAGGCUCUCCUUGGACAAAGACGACGUGGGCAAUCUCUAGAUAAAGCAGGAAAACAGAGUUCCGGCGUCGCGACGGUGACGCGUCGGCGAUGCACCGGAAUCCUGAGCGUUCGGGAGGGUCGUCGUGCAGUGUCCACGGCCUCGAAGGCUCUCCUUGGACAAAGACGACGUGGGCAAUCUCUAG